CACGUGAACACCAAUCCAGCUCAGCUAUUGGCUGGGAAGGGAUCGCCGUGUUAUAGGAGGUGUGAUGUACACAAUGAGAAUGUGAGCGCAGUAUACACAUCAGAGUGUAAGAGAGGAGCCGGAGAGAUGGCAGUAAAGAAGUUUUUGAUGUCCCAACUGACGAAUCAUUUAAGGGAAGAUCACAUUCAGCUUUGGAAAUCUCCUUACACCAAUGAAAAUCAAGAAGCUGGCGCAGAGAUAAAAGAGCUGUCUCUGAAAUAUUCUGAAAAGCUGAAGUACAGUGUGGAUGACAUAGCCAGUGCAUUGGAAGAAAUCCGCUGCUCUGCAAUACAACGUGGCAGUGGAAAUCAAGCCUUUAAGACUAAAGGAUUGGCUACACUGCUGGUCUUCUUGCCACGCAAGCUUAACAAAGGAUCCAAGAACUACAUAGAAACCUGCCUGACUGUAACAGGGAAGGAGCUAAAGUGUCAAAUAGCACAAACAUAUGGAUUACAAGAAAGUUGCAUAAAAAUUAUUUCCAACAAGAAACAGCUUGAAACUGAUAAAACUUUGCAAGAACAAGGAGUGGGUCACAAUUCCAAGGUGUUGGUCCUGGAAUUCAGCUACACAGAGGAAGAGGCAAAGAAGAGGGUCCACAAUGAGGAUAAGGAACGAGACGAUGAGACACAGAAGCAGGAGAGCGUGAAGAAGAAGAUGAUGCGUACAAAGCGAGGGCUGGAAAUCCUUGCAGAUCGUGGCGAGAGCUUGGAUCCAGACACCGCUCCAUACCUGGAAAUUGCAAAUCAAACGGGACGCUCCAUCAAUAUGCCUAAAGCUGCGAAAAAGGCUCUCAUGCUGGCGAUGGGCUAUCACGAAAGGGGAAGAGCAUUCCUGAAGAGAACAGAGUAUGCUUUAGCUCUGCCGUUCCUGCUGGAUGCAGACAAGCACUUCUGUGAAUGUGGGACAGAUCUGUUGGACUCCGUGGAUAAUUAUGCUGUGCUGCAGCUUGACAUUGUGUGGUGUUACUUUCGCCUGGGUCAGUUAGACUGCUUGGAUGACGCAGACUCAAAACUAAAUAUGUCCCAGAGGUGCUUCAAUAAAUGCUAUGGAGAGAAUCAUGAACGGCUUGUCAACAUAAAAGGCAGUUACGGGAGAGAAAGAGUUUUAUUUCUAAGACUUAAUCUUCUGCAAGGAAUAGUAAAUUACCACAAUGGAAGAGCCAAUGAAGCAUCACAAAAAUUUUCAGAGGCUAGCCGAUUGUAUAAUGAGCUCUCCAUCGACCCAGCAAAAGUAGAUACCUUAAUGCAAUUGGGAUGCUCAGCUCAGGAGGCACGCUUGGCACUGCGAGCAUGUUACGGGAAUGUGGAACAUGCUGCCAACCAUAUUUCAUCUAAACGAGAGGAAAAGGCAAAGAUUAGAAAAGAAGAGAAAGAGAAGAGAAGAAAAAGACUGGACAAGAUCAAUACUCUGCGUGGGAUGGGGUAUUCAGAGUCUGCUGCUGCAGAGGCCUUAAGUCAGGCCAGUGGGAACAUUGACCGGGCAGUCCAGAUACUCCUAGAUAAUCCAGAGCGUUUAAUACCACAAGGCAAUCCAGCUGGCAGCGACUCGUAUAAUGUUCCUCAGCAGAUUAUCGAUCAGCUGGUGUAUAUUGGUUUCACUCCUGAGGCAGCUAAGGCAGCUCUCCAGCUAUUCCAAGGUAACAUUGAACUGGCCGCUCAGAUGUUGGCUGACCACCAAGGAGUUCUCCCUCCUCACCUCCUGCAAGAGCUGGAAAACUCUUCAUCCGCACCCGAGCCUAGCUCCUCGUCCUCGGAGACUGCAGGAACAAGCUCAUCAAGUAACACCAACACUGUUGAGCCGGACAUCGACCCUGUGAAGGAGAUUCUGGAUGAUAUCCCUGAACAUGAAGAGGACUAUCUGGACUUAACAUUAGAGGAAGAAGAGCUCAUUCUUGUUGAGUAUCUUUCCUACUUAGAAAAGCUGUAGUUUGAGACUUUACUCAACUGCAGUACAUUAAUAGCAAUCAAUUCAGAUGUUCCUUUUGGUCUCUGACUUGUGCUAGAAACAUGACAGAUGGAACCUGAUUGGUUAUAGUGGACAGUAUUGACACUUCUGCUUUCAUAGAUGGUCUUUAUUGUCUUUUUAGCACUUUAUACAAAUGAGUUUGAUUUAAAUACUCAAAAGAUUAUUAUUAUUUUUUAAACAUAUGGGUCUCUACCAGUCUACCAGGUGGUGACCUAGAGGCCCAAGUGAACAACAUGUGGGACACCACAUCCCGUAAUAGGAGAAUUAAGUGUGGAUUUUAUAGGCACCGUAAGGAUCACAACCAACUUAAAAUACAAUAACCUUAUUGAGUAUAAAUAUUAAAAACAUCCAAUGUUCUGUCUUCAAAGACUAAAUGGAGUGAGGAACUACCUGUGUACAUCGAACAAAUGUUCUUUGUAACGAAUGGCAAUGAUAAAACUGGGGCGUUCCACCAUCCUUGGUCUCUACAUGUUUUGCGGCUUCCCCCCUUCUUCAGGAGGAAAUGAAGGCAAGAACACAUCAGAUCUUUAUAUAAAUACAUGGAAUUACAAAACACAUAAUCAUAACAUCGAGUCCAUAAUUGCACAUUGUAUGUGGAACUUAUUAAACCAUAUGUAACAAUCACAUGACACUAGUAACUUACCAGUAGCGUUUGUCUAUUUGGUUAAUUGUAGGAAUAUCCUCCCUCUAUGUGCUCCAACGCUCGCCCUGGGAAUAGCGAUACACCCGUGACACCAUCCCUGUGAUUGUUAGAGUUUUAGUAAGUUCCACAUUCAUUAUGUAACUAUGGACUCGAUGUUUUGAUGUGUUUUUUUUAUUCUUUGUAUUUAUAUCUAGAUCCAAAGUGUUCUUUUCAUUUCCUCCUGAAGAAGCGGGAAGCCAUGAAACAUGUAGAGGACAAGGAUGGUGUAACACCCUACCUAUUUAUCAUCAUUGGCAUGCGUUACAAAGAGCAUUGGUUUGUGAUGUACACAGGGAAUUCCUUUCCCCAUUUAGUCUUUAAAGACAGAACAUUGGCUGUUUUUAAUAUCUAUGUCUUUGGUAUUUUUACCUAAAGUGAAGCUUGAGUUGUGCUUGUGUUUAUUAAAAGUCAGCAGCUGCAAAAAGUGUAGCCGCUGAGCUUUAAUAAACACACUCACCUGUCCCAGGAUCCAGCGAUGUGGUCACCCAAACCGUCAUUGGUCUCCCUCUCCUCCCUGGCGCUGGCAUUUCCACUGUGGGCACCUGGCAGUGACAGCUUGCGGCUUCAUAGCCGGGUGUGUACUGCGCAUGUGCCAGCAGCGCUGUGCCUACUGAAUGGCCUGACAGUCUUCUGGGACCCUGUGACAUGUCCCAGAAGACUGCAGGGAAGGAGGAGGACAUUGCCUAGGCGAAGUGGGAGC